AUGUUGACGAAACUCGUCGCGACAUCUCUUCUGGCGCUGCAAGGCGCAGCCGCUUUCCUUAUCGUUCCCGGGGUCGACAGCCCUCAUUCCAUCGAGACCGCCGAUGCCCGCAAGUUCAGCAUAGCGACAACCUGUUCAAAAUGCCCGUUCCCAGAAGAUUCAGACACUGCAGCCACCUGGAAGUCUGACGUCGAUAGCUAUAUGCUCUUCGACCUGGCGACAGAUGCAGGCAAACUAUAUGUCAACAAAAAGGAAAUCUACCCUUCUCCUGAUGAAUCUGUCAAUCUACAGACUAGCCUUGUUCGCAAAUCAGAUGAGCACCUCAGUCGACAAGUCGCCACCGGUUACAUCCUAGAAAUUCUUCGAGCCCCUGAGGCUUCCACCGAAGAAGACGGCCCUGAACUUCUCACAUUCUACUUUACUCCCGUCCAGCUUGACGGUCUUCCGGCCGCAGCGGACACACUCUACAUUCCCGUCAUCAAAACCACCAAAGGCAACCUUGUCAUCGUCAACUCACGAGUCGAAGCCACCGCGGCCCCACAGAUCUCAUGGAAACAAUGCGGCCGCGAUGCUCAGUGCUGGAAACGUCUACUGGUGGCUAGAAUUGUCGCUACUCUACACGCUGCAAAGGUCCGCGCCGCACAAUUUGCCGAGAAAGUUUCAUCUUCAUGGAGAGGCUGCCACGGAAAGCCGCAAGGAAACAGCAUGGAACACGGACAUGGCCAUCACAGAUACCAAAACCCCACCUUCUCCCGCUCCUUUGCCCGCGCACUUCGCUUCGUGAUCAUCCCAGCGAUCAUCGGAUUGUGUCUCAGCCUGGUUGUCUGCUCCAUCGGAUCACUUGUGGGUCACUGCCUGGUUGCUUUGUGGAGAUACAGCCGCAGCCAACGUAACGCUCACCGCCGCACCCUCGACUCUGCUCAAGAAGACGGAGAAGCCAGCGAGAAGGAAGGCCUGAUGGCCCGAGAGGAUGCCGACCUUGCACCUCAAGAAGAGGAUCAACUACACGGUCAUAUCAAGUUGCCUGCAGACAAGGCAUAA